AUUCUCAAUGAAUCGGACUGUUCAUCUAACAAUAGAACAAGGACAACUUGGUGUUUUAAAUUCGGGGGCUUGUAUAAUUGAUAAUAACUUUCAACAAUGCAGAACAUAAUGCUGCCUUUGAUCUGGGCUUUGACAUUACCCGCCUAUAUGGAAGCAAUUCACGGGAUAUAUGCUUUCGGUCAGCCCGAGCUGUUUCAAAAGAAGAGCAACUGCAAACCCAUACCUGCGAACCUGCUACUGUGCCAUGACAUUGAGUACACCGAGAUGCGCCUCCCGAAUCUUCUGGGACACGAAACCAUGAAUGAGGUCCUGCAACAAGCAGGCUCUUGGAUUCCCCUUGUGCAAAAGCAGUGCCAUCCGGAUACGAGGAAGUUUCUUUGCUCUCUGUUCGCUCCAGUGUGUUUGGAUGAUUUGGACGAACCCAUUCAACCGUGCAAGUCACUGUGCGAGAGCGUGAAACAGGGCUGCGCUCCGGUAAUGGCUGCUUUUGGGUUCCCAUGGCCGGACAUGCUCGACUGCGAGCGCUUCCCUCUCGAUAAUGAUCUGUGCAUACCUCCUGCAAGUGAUACUUUGAUGACGGCAGCCACUCAAGUGCCUAGAGUCUGUGAUGCCUGCAAAGAGAAAUCAGAGAAUGACAACGAAAUUGUUGACAACCUUUGCAAGAAUGACUUUGCCUUGAAGAUCAAGGUCAAAGAGAUCUCAUACCUGAAUGGUGACACCAAAAUUGUGCCAGAGACCAAAAGCAAGACCAUCUACAAGAUGAACGGCGUGACGGAGCGCGACCUGAAGAAGACGGUGUUGUGGCUGAAGGACGGCCUACAGUGUAUCUGCAACGAGAUGAGCGACAUCAACGCCGCAUACCUGGUCAUGGGGCAGAAGCUGGACGGCAACCUGGUCAUCACCUCGCUCAAGCGCUGGCAGCGUGGCCAGCGUGAGUUCAAGAGGAUCUCGCGCAGCAUUCGCAAGCUGCAGUGUUAGGGGUCGACCACCCCCCACACCCCCCCUCAACCCCCCACCACCCCCACUGACCUCUGGGCUGCUGUAAAACAGCCACUGCUCCCAGUUCAGCACUCCAGUAGACACCCUAGAGUAAGGCUCUAAUCUUUCAGGGAAAGAACAAAAUUCUUGCUGGUCAUUCUCUGUGACCACUGUCGGCAUUCAGUGCUUUUAUAUAUUUCCAUACAUGUCUUUUGUAGAGGAAGCAGCAUGUCCUCUCCGUGGUAACUCCCUCCCAGUGUGACCAUGUAUUGCAUAAAUGCCACAUUUCCUAAAUGGUGAUUAGAAUUGUGCUCUGCGACUCUCUGGUACAACUUUGUACUGCUCUCAGACCUCUAAAGCGUAGCUAGGUAGCCUAUUCACAAAGCACAACUAAAGUAGCACUCAACUAAUCUCCAACACAUUCUGUUAAGGUUUGGUAUCCAGCACAUCAGUAUUUCCAUUGACAAGGCCCUCAUAUUUCUUCAUAGGGAAAUUGAUAUUAGCAUACAGUGAUUUUGUGUCUAUGAGCCGCAUCGUAUAAGCCGCAGUGUUUUAGGCCGGUUAAAAGAAACAAAACCAUAUUAAUACCAUAGUAACUAUCCCUGUGUAUUUACCUCAUAGUUGAAAAAAAUUGCGAAUCAAUUUAUGAGCUGCGGCUGAUAUUUGGGAAAUUACGGUAAAUGCAUGUGGUUUAAAAUUCAUUCAUUGGACAUUCUUGUCCAUGGUAAAGAAAACAGAAAUGCUUUUUUACAAAUAAUUUUUACAACAAUGAGGAAUAGCUGGCUCUAUUCUCAGUCCUUUAAAAUACCUGUAAAUGUCCCCCUAGUUCAUAAUUUUAGAACUUUAAUCUAAGUGCUGUGCGAUGUUUUAGCCCCUACCCUGUCUAGGCAUAGUGUCCCGUGUGAUUUGGGUGUAAAUGCAUGAAUCAGUUGCGUUUCUGUAUGUCCUGUUUUUGCCUUUUUUUCUGUGAUUGUUUUGCCUUCUGUAUACUUGAGCCUCAGAACUGCACUGCAACAGUAUUAUUUCUUUAAACUGUAAUCUGAUGUUUGUCUGUCAUCUUGACCAUUAAGGUUCCCUACACAACUGAUGCAGUUUGUUGUCGGGAUGUUGAAAGUAUGUUGUUAUAGCGUUUUUAUGGGUCCAUUAUUUCCCAUCAAUUCGGCGUGACAGAAUUUAUUUCCAAGUUACUCAUUCAUCCAUUCAUCCAGAAAAAUGCCUGUUUUCUGUGUCAUGCAAACAGUGGUUACGGUUAAGUUUCGUGACUGUGCAUUUGGCUCAAUGUUGGUCACUGCCAAAAUGUUGCAUAUUUGUGGUAACAAUAUGUCCUACUCUGUAAAUAUCUAGAUAAAACAGUUUAUUCUUGUACAUAGUUUUCAGAGACAGCAAAUCGAAAGUCCAAAAAUAUUUGCGGACCACCAUAAUGCCUAGAACUUGUUGUUCAAGCUGGUGAGUCAUUGCUUUGUAUGUGGUAUAUUACUUUUUUAUUAUUAUUAAAAAUAAUGUUAAAGCAA